CCACGAGGAAAGUUGCCUUUAUACAGCGAGACAUGUGAGUGGGAAUUGUGUUCACGUCAGUGGACACGCCGAGGAAGAGACACCUGACAUUUGUGGUUGAACUUUCUUCCAGGCUUCAUCAUCAUCAGUAGGUAAUUGGGAUCCUGCAGAAAUGAAAACAUCCCCACGGAAUUCAUUGUAAGACUGGGCAUGACUGCGUGGGCCAAGCAGAGGGUGUAGCCACAUCUGGCAGAACCCUUGGACGAAGAACAAACCUCGGCGCACCCCAGCGUCCACCACCCUCGGGGGAGAUGGCAGAGACAGAGGACGAAAGGGAAAGCAACAUCGGGAAGCUAUUUGAGGACUUUGUCCAAGCUUCCACCUGCAAGGGAACGCUGCAGGCCUUCUAUGUCCUGUGUGGACAGCUGGACCUUGACCCUGCCAACAAUGGCACCUUCUACAACAAUCUGAAGGCCAAGGUCACCUGUUGGAAGGCCAAAGCGCUAUGGAGCAAGUUGGACAAGAGGAUGUCCCACAAGGAGUACAGGAAAGGUGAAGCCUGUGUAGGCACCAAGUGCCUCAUCAUCGGAGGAGGUCCGUGCGGCCUGCGCACGGCCAUCGAGCUGGCCUUAAUGGGGGCCAAAGUGGUGGUGAUCGAGAAGAGGGACUCCUUCUCUAGGAAUAACGUGCUGCACCUUUGGCCCUUUACCAUCCAUGACCUGCGGGACCUCGGAGCCAAAAAGUUUUAUGGCAAAUUCUGCGCUGGAGCCAUAGAUCACAUCAGUAUCCAGCAGCUGCAGCUGAUGCUGCUGAAGGUGGCUCUCAUUGUUGCAGUGGAGUUUCAUAUCAAUGUAGAGUUUGUCAACCUAGUGGAACCUCCUGAGAAGCAAGACGAUGAAGGGCCAGGGUGGAGAGCUGCAAUCCAACCUGCUGAUCACCCCGUGGCUGACUUUGACUUUGACGUGGUGGUGGGGGCCGACGGGCGCAGGAACACGCUGGAAGGUUUCAAAAGAAAAGAAUUUCGCGGCAAGUUGGCAAUCGCCAUCACCGCCAACUUCAUCAACAGGAACACGACAGCGGAGGCCAAGGUGGAGGAAAUUAGUGGCGUGGCCUUCAUCUUCAAUCAAAAGUUCUUUCUUGACCUCAAAGAAGAAACAGGCAUCGACCUGGAAAACAUUGUGUACUACAAGGACAACACGCACUACUUUGUCAUGACUGCGAAGAAACAGAGCCUGCUGGAUAAAGGAGUUGUCAUUAAUGAUUACGUGGAGACACAGAGGCUGCUGAGUAGCGAUAACGUCAACCAGGAAGCUCUCCUGUGCUAUGCCAGAGAGGCUGCUGAUUUUGGCACCAACUACCAGCUUCCCACGCUGGACUUUGCCAUGAACCACUGCGGCCAGCCCGACGUAGCCAUGUUCGACUUCACUAGCAUGCACGCCUCGGAAAACGCCGCUCUGGUCAGGGAGAGGUUUGGACAUCAACUGCUGGUUACGCUAGUGGGCGACAGCCUUUUGGAGCCUUUCUGGCCCAUGGGGACGGGCUGCGCUAGAGGAUUCUUGGCUGCCUUCGACACUGCCUGGAUGGUAAAAGGCUGGUCUCAGGGUCGGACCGUUCUUGACUUGCUGGCAGAGAGAGAAAGCAUUUACAGGUUGCUGCCACAAACAACACCUGAGAACAUCGCCAAAAACUUGGAACAGUACACCAUCGACCCUACGACGCGGUACCCCAACCUCAUCUCUUCGUGUGUCAAGCCUCACCAGGUGUGUCACCUGUACUUGAACGGAGCGCUGAAUUCGUGCUCUCUGGAGCGUGCCGCCUCCAUCCGUCGACCUGUUAAUGUCUGCCAACGAGAAUCUGAUAUCAGGCCGGCGAGGCUUCUCACAUGGUGCCAGAAACAGACUGAAGGUUACAGGAAUGUAACAAUCACGGACUUGACGUUCUCUUGGAGUAUUGGCCUCGCCUUGUGUGCCUUGAUCCACAGGUUCAAACCCCAUCUCAUAGACUUUGAGUCAUUGAAUGAGGAAAACCAGGCCGACAACCUCCAGCUGGCUUUUGACAUUGCGGAGCGGGAAUUUGGGAUCAAACCAUUCGCAUCUGUGAAAGAGCUGAGUGGCUCCCUGGAGAUAGAGAAGACCAGAAUCAUUAACUACCUCUCCAAAUUCUACGAACUCUUCCGAGGCACACCGUUACCUGAUGCAGGCUCCAGACGAGUGGACGAAAACAGUGAAGAUUAUCCAUCGAAGGCGGUCCGAAGUAAUAAUAACCUUCUCAAUAUUUGUCUGCCAAGGAAACGAGUUCCGAAGGAUGAGAAAAAGACAGAUGGUCCGGAUGCCAUUUACAAAAGGAGGAGAAAAUAUUUCACUCACCCGGAGGAGGACACCAAUUUGUCCGCAAGGGAACCCAAAGAGAACAAAGUGCGCUCCAUGGCUACACAGUUGCUGGCCAAAUUUGAGACUAAAACAAAGUACACCCAAUGGAAAGAGUCAGACUGUGAGAGUUCCUCCCCUCUUCAAACUCUCGACUCUGCUGAAUGUGCGCAUUUUAAAUUAGCGCCUCCCAUUCCACCCAAGCCUCCGCCUGAGAUACAGUUUCAACUCGAUAUCAGACACGCGGCCCAAAACCUAAUCCCCACGGAGCCUCGACCCAAAGCCCAAGAGUCAGAGUGCUGCUUCUCUGUAGUGAAGCUCAGACAUGUGGCUCAGACACACGAGCAAGCCAAGACCUUGCCAGAACCGGAGAACAAAAUGUCUACCGCACCCUCAGUCCACUCUGCGGUCGCGUUCAUGUCCAGAGUUCUCCAGCGCCUCAAGGAGGUGGAUGAACUCAUCUAUGAGAAAAAAGCUCAGUUGCAACAAACUAGAGAGUUUCAGUCAAAGAGCAUAAAGGAGAAAGCACUUCACCUCAACGGUUUGAUCUCAGCAGACAACUCUGUUGGUAUCAAGGGCGGCUCGGUCCAAAGGGCGUUCCCUCAAUUGACUGAAAAGUGCCACUCGUGCGAGCGGCGUGUUUAUUUGGUGGAGAGGAUUUGUGCCGAAGGCUUCUACUUUCACAGGGAAUGCUUUCGCUGCACCACCUGCAGCUCUACCCUGCACCAGGGAUUACAUGCCUUUGACGCACGAUACGGUAAAUUAUACUGCAAGCUUCACUUUGAUCAACUCAAGAACGAGACAAGCCCGCAGAGGAACGGCUCUGCACGCUUGAAUCCUUUACAAAGUCGGUUCGAGGGGCUAUGCGAUGCUACGGAAGAGGGCGCCACCUCCAGCUGUACGGUGGCCCUGCCGAGCCAGUCUCCAGCAGGUACUCUUGGCUCUGUUUUGUGGGAGCAGCUGAGCAGGCCCCUGAGCGUGGCUCGUGGCGUAUGUCGCGCCCCCAGGCCUAUGUGCCGCCGGGCGGCUCGGGCUUUUGUUAGCCACUUAAGGGACAACGUCCAGGACUAUGCCUUCAUGUACGAACUACUCAGUAUGACUUUGCCCUUGCUGCUCAUCUUGUACGAUGUUCUGCUGCAGAUGCAAACCGAGGCCGCGCCCAUGUGGGUGUAGGAGCAAAUCGGGCCCAGGCUCAUGGACACCCAAACCUUGCUGCCAGCAUCGUUGUGCUUGUUGGGUUUCUUUCUUUUUUUUUUUUAGCAAGGACUUUGGUGUUUUUUUUUAUUGAUCACAAGAUAGUAGGUUGAAUAUGACUUGCAGUUAUGCUAUUAGGCUAGCAAUGUGGAGAGUAGUAAAGGUUAAAAUUUGUAAGCAAACAAAUCUUACAAGUAUUAACCAAAUCCUGACCUACAAAAUUUAUAAAAUACUAAAUUUUCCCCAAUUUAAUCCAAAAAACAGUCUGUUUUUGGAACAUACUUUGUGUUUACCAAAUUCUAGAGCAAAUCUAGAUAUAUAUUUAAAGUUAAUAUCCUCUGACUGUGUGCACACAUCAAAUGAAAAUAAAAGCAGAUUUUUCUUCAUUUUUUAAUGAAAUGGAAUAAAAUUGAUGUAAAGUCCUCGGUUGAGUAUCCAAAAGAGUAUACACUGUGAUUUGCCUACAACCAAACCCGCAGCGCUUAAAUAACAUGCAAAACCAAAGUUAAGAUAAUAUUUUUGGGACUCAAGCAAGCGCACUUGACUUGAUAUGUCAGGUUGCUAAAAUGACAAAUGGUUGCCGGGUGUUUUCGUAAGUGAUCCUCAGUGGCUCUUCAAGCACACUUCCGAUUGCUUUACUCAGGUCGUGAUGACUGACUGCCUUCAUGCACUUUAUGUUUGAGAGCUGCCUCAUGGAUUUAGUAGCAGCAACAAAAAAGUGGACUGAAUGUGCAAUUUGCUUUAUCAUUAGUUCAUACUGUGGAUGCUUUUUAGCAUUUAGUCUGUGCUUUUCUGAUAUCUACUGUCGAGUCUCAGAAAAACAAGGGCCAAAAAUAAAUCAGCCCUCAGAGUUCUUUCUAGAACUACAAGACUCAGUUUAUUUUAUUAAUAUUUGUAAUUGACUGUAGACAAAAGAGGCUGGCAAGCUUGCCACUCUUGCUGUUACGUGUUUUACCAAGAAGCCUCCCAGUUGCUUUAUCCAACAUCUAUUGAUGCUUGUCAGGCUCUUUAGAAAUGUGUGUACAUUGUUUGUUUACAACAAUUUGCCGUUGGAUUUGCUCUCUGCUACUUACAUAUUGCAUGACUGAAAUAGCUUUAAAAUGAGCUGAAAUUGAGGUGUUCAUUACGUCACAGAUGGAAAAUCUCGUUGUUUUAAAAAUCCCUCUUAGAAAAAAAAUCGUGUGACCAAAGCCAACUUGUGUCAAUGUUUUUUUGCUUCAACAAUUGUGAAACCAAUGAACAGAUAUCUUCUCCCUUCUAAAUGUCAGUACUGUAUCUUGUAUUCAGGACUUUCUGCUUACAUAAGUUGUUUUCCCAUCCUUCGUCUGUAUGCUCUUUGUGUUUUAGACUGUUCUCUUCACCUCAUAUGAUGUGUCUAAGCCAGCUGGAUGGUUGCACAUCCUUGCGUUAAAGGUGAUUACGUGCAUGGUCAUGAGGUUGUGUGUUUGACUUCCUGCACACGCCAUCUUUCAUAUUAUGAAAUUGUCACUCUGCUUUAACUGCAUUUACGAUUGUGAGUUGAUUAAAGUUGGCCUUGGCUUGGACAUUACUCACCGUGACUCUUGAAAUGCUUCUGCGUGGCCUUGUGUUUUCAUAAUGAACCACAACUAACAGGGGUUGUUUUAAAAUUGAACAUAAGUGACACAUGAUUGGGUUUUAUGUGAGAAAUGAUGCUUAAAUGUACAAAUAAUGGGAACUCAUGUGGUUGCACAGGUGUGCACAGCUAUUUAGCAAAGGGAUGUACUGUAGCUAUGUUCAUAAUUGACAAAACACAUUCUUGUAUUUGGGAGCUAUGUUUUAAUUUGUCAAAAAAAAAAUUUAUUGUUGAACUUUUUGGCACCUUAGACAAGGUGGAGGGAAUUAUGAACAGUCAGUGUCGGGAUAAAACUUUGAAGUUUAUGCUGCAAAAUGAAAAUUAAAAUAACAUUUAAAAAAGGUAGAAAAAGUCUAGGAGACCUUUUGCAAUUUAUUUGGUGUUAAUCAGAGUUACUUUAAAUGGCGGCAGAUGCGUGCUGUUGCAUUUACACUAGGUGAUUUGUGAUUGAUGAUCACAGCCAUAAUCAAGGGUGUGCACACUUGUGCAACCACAUUAUUUCAGUUACGUGUUUUUAUUUCCCCUUUAAAAAUAAGUAAAAUUAGGGGACACGGGUUACAUGACUGGUGGAAAAUGUUAUCUUGGUCUCAUUUUUUAUAUCACAAUUAUUUUGAAGAGGGGUGUGGAGACUUUAUAUCACUACGUUCUCUAAAUUGCCUGAUGUUAUUGUAUUUGUUGACAUCACAUCACAAUCAAGAGCCAUGUACAAUCAUAACAUCCUUCUUAGGUUUUCCAUUAUUUUGUUUUCCAAAGAAAUUCUUCAAGGUCAAAAAUCAGCACUUGGCUCUAACUUUCUUUGUAAUAUUUGUAAAGCACUUAAAAAAAAAAAAAAUUAAAUGUGCUGUAAGA